AUGUCGGUGCAGGUCGUGUCAGCAGCUGCUGCCGCGAAGGUGCCUGAGGUGGAGCUGAAGGACCUGAGCCCCUCCGAGGCGGAGCCGCAGCUGGGACUGAGCACAGCGGCCGGGAGCGCCAUGGCCCCCCCAGCGGGCGGCGGGGACCCUGAAGCUCCAGCUCCGGCCGCAGAGCGGCCCCCGGCCCCCGGUCCGGGAUCGGGGCCCGCAGCGGCUCUCAGCCCGGCCGCUGGGAAAGUGCCUCAGGCGUCGGCCAUGAAGCGGAGCGACCCUCAUCACCAGCAUCAGAGGCACCGCGACGGCGGCGAAGCCCUGGUCAGCCCCGACGGCACCGUCACCGAGGCGCCGCGCACAGUCAAGAAGCAGAUCCAAUUUGCUGACCAGAAGCAAGAAUUCAAUAAACGUCCCACCAAAAUUGGACGUCGCUCUCUGUCUCGUUCGAUUUCCCAGUCAUCGACUGACAGCUACAGCUCAGCGGCUUCAUAUACAGAUAGCUCUGAUGAUGAGACCUCUCCUAGAGACAAACAGCAAAAGAACUCUAAGGGGAACAGUGACUUCUGUGUCAAGAACAUCAAACAGGCAGAGUUUGGACGAAGAGAAAUUGAAAUUGCUGAGCAAGAAAUGCCAGCACUGAUGGCUUUGCGGAAGAGAGCUCAAGGAGAGAAACCUUUGGCCGGCGCCAAGAUUGUGGGUUGCACACACAUCACUGCUCAGACUGCUGUGCUUAUGGAAACUCUGGGAGCUCUGGGAGCACAGUGCCGAUGGGCUGCCUGCAACAUCUAUUCCACCCUCAACGAAGUGGCUGCUGCUCUAGCAGAAAGUGGAUUUCCUGUGUUUGCCUGGAAAGGAGAGUCAGAAGAUGACUUCUGGUGGUGCAUUGACAGAUGUGUGAAUGUGGAGGGCUGGCAGCCAAACAUGAUCUUGGAUGAUGGAGGGGAUCUUACUCACUGGAUUUAUAAGAAGUAUCCCAACAUGUUUAAGAAAAUCAAGGGCAUCGUGGAGGAGAGUGUUACUGGAGUCCACAGGCUCUACCAGCUAUCCAAAGCUGGAAAGCUGUGUGUUCCAGCCAUGAAUGUCAAUGACUCAGUCACGAAACAGAAAUUUGACAACCUCUACUGUUGCCGUGAAUCAAUUCUUGAUGGACUUAAAAGAACAACAGACAUGAUGUUUGGUGGGAAGCAGGUGGUGGUCUGUGGCUAUGGAGAGGUCGGGAAGGGGUGCUGUGCUGCCUUGAAAGCUAUGGGCUCCAUUGUGUAUGUGACUGAGAUCGACCCCAUCUGUGCUCUUCAGGCCUGUAUGGAUGGAUUUCGACUGGUGAAAUUAAAUGAGGUCAUCCGACAAGUGGAUAUUGUUAUUACCUGUACAGGUAAUAAGAAUGUGGUAACCAGAGAGCAUUUAGAUCGUAUGAAGAAUAGCUGCAUCGUCUGUAACAUGGGACAUUCCAACACGGAGAUUGAUGUGGCGAGUCUGCGGACACCAGAACUGACGUGGGAGCGAGUGAGAUCCCAAGUUGACCAUGUAAUAUGGCCUGACGGCAAGAGGAUAGUAUUGUUGGCAGAGGGCCGUCUGCUGAACCUAAGCUGCUCCACAGUGCCUACAUUUGUGCUCUCAAUCACUGCUACAACUCAGGCUCUAGCCUUGAUAGAGCUCUACAAUGCUCCUGAGGGUCGCUAUAAGCAAGAUGUCUACCUGUUGCCCAAGAAAAUGGAUGAGUAUGUGGCCAGCCUACACCUGCCCACCUUUGAUGCCCACCUGACUGAGCUGACAGAUGAACAGGCCAAGUAUCUGGGGCUCAACAAGAAUGGGCCCUUCAAGCCCAAUUACUACAGGUAUUAAGUUCCUGUAACUCAAGCCAGAAGUUUUAAGGAAUAGAACUCCAAGUCUUUUCUCCACUCCUAUACAGGAAAGAACCCAGCAAACUGCUUCUCCAAUAAGCUGCCCGCCGUGCUCACCCUCUAUGUUAGGUUAUUUAUUUAUUAAAAUCUAGAGUCCUGUGCCUGUCUCCUCGGCCCAGAGUGUGGUUGCUGUCCCAAGGGCUGUGAGAGCCACAGGGGACAGGCUGAGGAAGGAAAGAAACGGGGUUCCCGGUGCAUCUUCUGCAUCAUUCCCCACUGACUCGGAAUCCUCAGCACUGGUCAUCAUUCUCUAGUCCAGGCUCAGGAGUUCGUCUGUGGAUUCCAGACUCCUUGUUUUCUGGGGUUUUCUGGAAUAAAUUUUUAGCAGCUGCCUUUCUCAGCUUUGGCCCUUCCCCAGGGGAGGCCUUUUGGAAGCCAUUGAGUUAACACGGCUUGGGUUCCCAGCCUCGACCCUUGCUAUCACUGCCUUCUUUAUAAAAUGGCUGGGAAGGAAGGAGUGUUGUGUCUUUGGCAAACUGCACCAAGAUCUCAGCUGUGCCUCUGCUUCCUGGGAGUCUCCUUUCUUACCCAGGACUCCUUUUUUUCCCCUUGAAUAUUUAUGUCCAUUUUAACACUUUCAGGUUCCAAGAGGAGUGUGCCUCUACUAUUUCCUCAGCAGCUCUGAUGUUUGUCAGACAUUUGUUUUGGCGUCUUUCUAACCCACCUAGCCUCUGCUCAGGAAGUGAGGGCCAGCCCCACUGGGGCCCAUAAUUUUACUUUCUUGUCAUUUAACUGGAUAGUUUCCCAGGAGGCCCCCUCCAGAUUGGCACUAUCUCAGAAAAAAAGAAGCUUGUUGUGAAACACUGCUUCCCGAAACUUCCUUCAGUUGCCUAAAACUCCUUCUAAAGCUGAGCAGGAAGUGGCUUACUUUCCAAGGGACCUGGGAGAUCAGGGCUUCAGAAAUGCAGCCCACAGCUCAGCACCCUACAGAAGCAGAAUAUAGUUAUUUGUCUCCUGGGAAGGGCUUUGACGCUUAACUGGCUAAGCUAUACAGGGAAGACACUGUAAACUGAAUCCAUGUGAUCACAGCUAGGUUGACUAAUUUGAACCUCAUCAAAUAUUCAUCCCUUUGGCCAUUGCCAUUGAUGAAACUGAGAUCUAAUGUCUCUGCAGUUUGGUCUGUGGUCUUUCUUCUCUGCUGGGAUAUCGCUUUAUGUUCUGCUCUUUUCUAUCUUGGGAUUCUGUGUUUUGGAGGUAGUUUCUUAAGUAAACUCCGAAAUUACAAAAAAAAUGUAAUAUGAGCAGCCUGAAAUGUUGUGUCCCACCUAAGAGCUGAAUUCCUUUUGGAGACUGACCUGUUAGUCUCAAGGGUUCCAUUGGGACCAGAUUGGUUCCAAGAGGUAAAGUCUCCAGACCACCCAGGAUCACCAUAACCUUCCCAACCUAAUUCUGCCCUCCGAUUUCUACCUUCUCUAACUUCUCCUGCUCUUCACAUAUACCCACAGAGCUAGUCUGGAAAUGACCUUUCUUUUGGAGGCCGGAAGGUAGACCUUAGGUAAAUGGCUAAAUUUGCCUCAUUAAAUAGUACAGUCUCUCAACCCACAGAAUCUGGUUCCUCAGAGGCCAUAUAUCUUAGCAAGUACUGGAAAAAUGCCACAUAUGUGGCUUUAUUUUUUCAUGGAGAAGAUCAUAAAUGUUGACAAUUCCACCAGGCCAUUCAGUUCUUCCUUUUGCCUACCCAGUAUUAAUUAACUGGCUUUUGUAUUAAUUAACUGGAGAAAUUGCAGAAGAUUCAAAAGAUGAGAUUUGUAUCUUAUCUUAUAUCCAGAGAUGAUUCUAUUAGGCAGGUAUCUGAACCCUAGCCUAUUAUGCUCCUAAGCCAAAAGUCAUAACCUGUUGUUUCUCAGCAAAACCUGGCAGCUGCCUGUGGAGCCCACAAGCACGUGCUGGCCCUGUCAGUGCACACUCUGCCUUGCCAUAGUGAAGAGGCCACUCCACAUGGAAAAGGAGCCACACUGGGCGUCUAGAUUAGGUUGCCGUGUUGCUGCCCACGGUGAGGUGUUUGCCUCUGAGUUUCAGGUGACCACUCGUCCUUUCUUUCUGGGGACUCUGUAUCAUAACCAUUAGUGAGGAGGAGGUCCAGGCCUCCUGAGUAUUUGGGUUCUACAUUGGUGGUGGAAUUUGGUCAUUAUUCUUUCUGCCCAGGUAAUCAGAACAAAAGUGUCUUCUUUCCUCACUUAGAUGCAUCCUAAGUAUCUGGAUGCAUCUUAAGCUGUCACCUUAGAUGCAUUUCUAGGUAUCUGGAAGCCUGGGAAAGAAGACCAAUGAUCUCUUUAUAUGUGGCCCUGGCCUGUGAGGUCUUACCAUUUUCUCUGCAAUGAAUUGUGCUUGUUUUCAAGGAUUUUUUUUUUUUUUUUUUUGGCCUUCUUAAUAGAAAUAUUUUCUUUUUCUCAUUCAAAAAAAAAAAAAUAUGGUAUCUGGUCUACCUUCCCUCUGCCCUCCUGGCUCCUAAUCCUCCCCUCCUAUAUGAGCACAGCUCCCCAUGGCCACAUGCUCCUACGAAGCUUUUCUGCUGCUUGGCUUUUUCUGAACAGAUCUGAAAUUGCUGCUCCUGUGGUUUUCGCCAAAUUAACUUUGUCAUGGUUUAAAAAAAAAAGAAAUCAAAAUGCAUUGUUGCAUUAAGCUUUUUUAAUAAAGGAAAAUUACAGAAAAAAAUAGGCAACACCAGCAAAUUAUAUGUGGACAAGUUCUAAACUAUAUAUACAUACAUAUAUAUAUAAAUAAUCAUCUAGUUCUCAUCAUCUUACUGAAAGGAAA